UUUAUUCAUUCUCUUUCUUUUUUACUCACUUUGACACUUAAUCCGUUUCCAUUCUCACUCGCUCUUAUAUUCAUUCAUAUUUUUCUCUCUCAAUUGUUUAAACACUCCUCUUUCUCUUCUGGUUUUCUUAUAUUUUGCUUGUCUGAACAGACACCGCACUUCACACAUAACUACCUACAAAACAAGAUCUUUUCCAGACGUUGAAAAGGGCUCGCUUUUAACCAUGGCUGGACUUCGUAAACAGAAGCAGUAUGACUGGAAAGACACUAAUCUCGCAUUGUUUGGCUCCAGCAUGGACAGAGAUGUCAAAAAAGAAGCAGCAUCACAUGAGGAAGCUUGGCAUCAUGUUGGAAAAGAAGUUGGUCUCUUGAUCUGGAGAAUUGAGAAAUUCAAAGUCAAAGAAUGGCCUAAAAAGGAUUAUGGUUUGUUCUAUGAGGGUGACUCCUAUAUUGUCUUAAAUACUUACCUUGAGGAAAAUGGAGAGCGAUUCAAUUAUGACGUACAUUUUUGGAUUGGCAAAUACAGCACUCAGGAUGAGUAUUGUGCAGCUGCCUACAAAACUGUUGAGUUGGACACUUUCUUGGAUGAUGUACCUAUCCAACAUCGAGAGGUACAAGGACAUGAAUCUAAUCUCUUCAAGAGUUACUUUAAGAAUAUAACGUUGUUAAAGGGUGGAGUUGAUUCUGGAUUCCGAGUUGUCACAGAGAAGACCUAUCAAUCAAGGCUCCUACAUUUCUGUGGUACAAAGAAACAUGUUGAAAUCAAAGAGGUUGCCAAAAACAAAGAUAUGUUGGAUAGUGGUGAUGUCUUUAUACUUGAUCUUGGUAAAACAAUCUACCAGUGGAAUGGUGCACAAUCUAACAAGGAUGAGAAAUUUAAGGCUGCAAUGUACAUCAAUGAUUUGAAAAACAGUCAAAGCACUGCAAUUACAACAGAGGUACUGGAAGAAGAUUCUACUGAACCUGAUCAUGAGUUUUACAAAGCCCUAACAGAAGAAAAAGAGGAAGAGACCGCAUUUACAAUAGAAGAAGGACCUAAGGAACUUUACAGGUUGUCUGAUUCCUCAGGAAAAGUUCAAUUUCAUCUGGAGAAGAAAGGAGACAUUGGAAAACGUGAUUUAGAUUCCAAGGAUGUUUUUGUCAUUGAUACAAAGAAAGAAAUUGUUGUUUGGAUUGGUGCUGAUUCUUCAACUACAGAAAAGAAUAACGCCAUGACCUAUGCUCACAACUACCUGAUGAACAAAGCCAACAGCCUGCUGCCAGUCACCCGCCUGCUGGAAGGUAGACAUGACCGCCAGCUAAUCUCAGCUCUUGCAGCCUAAAUCAACACAGAUGGAUCCAUAUCCUGUCAAUGGAAACCUUUUCUAUUUUUUUAAAUUUUUUUUUUUCAGUAUUUUACAUAUUCUAUCCCCACCAAACCUUUCUUUUACCCUUUUAAAAUCCACAAUUUUAUAUAGCACCCCAGAACACUAACAUCAGAAAUGCCUUCUUUUAUAUAUACCCAGCAUUGUGUGUUUCUUGCUACUGCUAACCACUUUACUCUAAUGUCAGAUGUAUUUCCAGCUAGAUUUACUGGGACCAGCAACAAGCUGAACUUAUAGAUACCGCAUAAUGCCUCAAGAAAUGUCAGAGCAACUGCAUUUACAUUUGCAUGUCCUCUUUUAAAACCAACUGCUCAACCACGUAGUGAGAAUAAAUGUAAGCUAAAUUUUCAGACAGAGACUCCCAGGCAGAAAUUCACACAUACACAUAUAUAUAUAAACUGUUCCAUUAAUAAUAGAAUCAUUAUUAAAAAAAAAUUCUCUUGCAGCCGUUUACUCAACAUAAGGAAAUUGAACACCUAUUUUGUAUAUCUCUCUAUCUACUUCUGAAGAGAUUCGGCUUUCAAAUAAUUUUUAAUUUAAUUAAUUUUCUGAGGGACUAAACUGAAACAGCUGUAAGUGAUGUUUGUCAAUUUUUUAAUUAAUAAAUGAUAAUUUAUUAAUUACUUCUCUGUUCUCUCAUCCAUGGUUUAUAUAGUUACCUUGCAAUUAAGUAUUAAAUAUAAUGUUCGAUACUCUUUGUAUAGAUAAUUAGCCAGUACUUUCAUAGGAUUUUGCAAUCCCUGAAUGAGGUUUAUAACCUUUAAUUUGUGCUUAUAUAUACAGGGUGUCCCAAAAAGAUGUACUCACUCUUUGACUUCCCAGUACUCAUGCAUUUUGUGUUCAAGUAGAUGUUUAUUGAUAUACAUACAAUCCUAAAAAGUUAAAUUAAAUUCAGGAAAAUAAAUUGUUGUGGAAACAAUUAUUUAUUGUCAUUUAGAAUUAUUUAAUCUUCUCUCUCAUUCCUGCGUGUUCGCAAAUGUUCAAACUGCCUUCCUUCAUUUUCCAAACAAAGCUGAUAACGUCCAACAAUGGAUUCAACAACAUUGCGAAACAUUUCAUUUGGAAUUGCAAGACAUUGUAUUCGAAUUUCAUUUUUCAAAUCAUCAAUUGUCACUGGUUUUGCAGCGUAAACCUUAUCUUUGAGAUGUCCCCAUAAAAAUAAUCCAUUGGCGUGAGGUCUGGGGAACGUGCAGGAAAUUCAAUGCUACCUCUCCUCCCAAUCCAGUUGUUUGGAUUUGUUGCAUCGAGGUAAGUCCGUACAUCGCAAAAAACAAUACAUUAGUAACCGUCUGUCAAAGAGUGAGCACAUCUUUUUGGGACACCCUGUAUAUAUAUUUCUUUGAUUAGUUAUCAUUAAAUAACUGCUGGUGCCACUGUGUAAUAUUCAUUAUAUAAUAUGCAUGACUAAAUUUUUAUUAGCAUCUAUGUCCCUAGACAUGCUGUUUGAUAGGUCACCUGCAAGUUGUUGAAGCAAUUGUAAACCAUGGAAAUGUAAUGCCAUAAACUCCACUCUUUAUAUUUAUAUAUAUAUAGAAAAGCUUUUAUAUAUAUAUAUAUAUAUAUAGAAAAGCUUAUAUAUAUAUAUAUAUAUAUAUAUAUAUAUAUAGAGAGAGAGAGAGAGAGAGAGAGAGAGAAAAGCAUGAACACAGCAGCUUCCCUUUAUUGUAAAAUCACAUAACCUUUUUUGCGUAGUCAGAAAAAAGAAAACUAACAUUUACAUUUCCUAUACUGUUGAGUUGAGUUUUGAUUUCCAUUUGAAAAAUCAAAAAAACUUGAUGUUGCACAGACACUCUUGAGGAAGGCAUGAAUUCCACAAAAUCACUUUUCCUGUAUUCUACAGACCAAGCUUUUUUUUUUAAUUUGCUUUUCUAACUAAAACAUUAUUCCCCACUCUUUAAACAAUUUCUCUCAUCUCUAUCAGUUUUAUUUGAAUUUUUACUCUAAUUGUAAAUUCUUACAAACAUUUAAAUAAAAGUUCCUCCUGUUA